CCAGUGCGAACUGUCCCACCGAGCGCGCUGCACCUGCCUUCUUUGAAGCCGAAAAAAAUACAACUAACAGCUACUAACUGUGAAUGAAUCGUACUACAAUUUGCUAGUGACGUAAUAAGUAAGAGUGAUGAUAAAGUGAAACCGUUUCAUCGUGGUAAAAUAACUCCGAUUUCGCGCCAAACGCCGUUAAACAAAAAGAGCCAGUAUGGGCUAUGGAGGUGCGAUGGACAGUUGCGGUCGUUGCAUGAAGUUCUCCCUCAUUUGUAUCAAUAUUGUCACUUUUCUAGGAGGUGCCCUAGUGCUGGGCAUAGGCGUGUGGGUAUGGAGCUCCCGGUCUUUCUCGAGCACCCUGCUCAGCAACAACAUGUUCGUGGCGUCCAUGGCCGUGGUAGUCUCGAUGGGGGCCGCGAUGAUGCUGCUAUCGUUGCUCGGCUGCUGUGGCGCCGCUAAGGAGGUCAAGUGCAUGCUCCUCACGUACUACAUCCUAGUGUUCAUAGUAUUCGUAGUAAUGCUUGUUGGAGGCAUUCUUCAGUUCGUUUUUCGAGAAAAAAUCGUAACAACUUUGGAUCGAGAAUUGAUGGCCGCAAUCCCCUACUAUGGAACUAAGCCGGAGUACACGCGAGCUUGGGACGAUACGCAGUCCUUUUUACAAUGUUGUGGUGUGAGAAGUUAUAAGGACUGGAACGACAAUUUGCCUGACAGUUGUUGCAAGGAGAUUUACCAUGGACAGCGGCUGGACUGCAGAACGAACCCAAACCCAAGCACUUUAUAUAUGGAGGGUUGUCUCGAGAAGACUACGAAUUUCCUACGCGAAGACGCAGUUUAUAUAGGCGUCAUAGCUGUCCUCGUUGCGAUAUUUAUGUUAUUGGCACUAAUCUGCACAUGCGGGCUGUUCAUAAAAAUAGAAUAAGUGGCUGUCUGUGCGACCAUACUGACUCGCCUACAAGGCGCACGUGCCGCUCUCCUCAGCUAAGGAUUCAUGUCGUAAUGUGCAUUCUAAUUUAUUUUUUGCUAUUCGAAUAAAGUUUUUGUCGGUGUAA